GAGGGGUCCUAUGUAUCUUUCACCCACUUUGCCCACUGGGUGUAGCUUAAAUAACUGUAAUACAUUUUUAAAAAACAACAGGAAAUUGACAUUGGUAUACUGAGUCUGUAUAGUUCUGUGUCAUUUUAUCAUAUGUGUGAAAGUGUUAGUCAGUUGUGUCCAACUCCUUGCCACCCCAUGGACUGUAGCCCACGAGGCUCCUCUGAUCAUGGGAUUCUCCAGGGAAUCACACAAUCAAAAAACAGAGUUAAUAUAUGUUGUAAUUCCUUUCAAUGCUCAGGUUGCUUUUACCAAUUGAGUUUCUUGGGAGAGAGAAAGAAAAGCCACGUUUUAUACUUAGUUACACUAUGGGCUUUUUCAUUUGGCUGUGUUCAGAAAAUGAUGUCAUUUUGGGAUUUAAGCUAUGGUUCCUAGCUGGAGGAGGUGUGGAGAGCCGGGUGAUGCGCCAGUGCUGAUGGAGGAAGUUUCUCUCGUAGGUGUUUAAGCAGGCCAAAGAGUUCCUGGAGUACGUGUACGAGGAGCCCCCGAUCGACAUCCAGCAGCAGAACCCCAUGCUGUACGGACACGCUGAGCCGCUGGCCACCGUGGUGCGGCUGUGGCAGCGGCUGAAGUCACUGCGAGCCUAUUUGUUCAGCUGCCGGGCGGCGGUGGCCGAGGAUCUGCGCCGCAGAAUUUUCCCCAGAGAAUACCUCCUUCAACAGAUCCACCUGUAUUCCCUCGCUGAUCUGCAGCAGGUAAGCGCUUCAUGGGGCCGUUGCAUGCCUGUGUUCUCCCUGGGCACGUGUUUUUGUUGCUUACGUUCUGGGUACUGAAUUCUGUCAUCAUUAGUGUAGUUAUAUUCACAAGCCCAGAUAGUUAUUUUCUAUUCAGAAUGAGAAAGCUUAAUGUAAAAAGAUAUUAUAGGACAAUAAGAAAUGCAGGCUAGGAUUUAGAGAAACUGGAGCUCUCGUACACUUGCUGGUAGGAAGGGCAAGUGGUGCAGCCACUUAGAAAAAUGUCUGGGCAGUCCCUUAAACAGUUAAAUGUAGAGUUUCCCUGUGACCCAGCCAUUCCACUCCUAGGUACAUACCCUAGAGAACUGAAAACAUUUGUCCACAUAAAAACUUGUACGGGAGUGUUCAAACAUCAUUAUUCAUGAUAGCUAAAAAGUGGCAACAAGUUGAGUGUUCAUUAGCUAAUGAAUGGAUAAACAAAAUGUUGUAUAUCCACUUAAAGCAAUAGUAUUUGGACAUAAAAAGGAAUGAAGGGUACAACAUGGAUGAGCCUUAAGAGCAUCAUGCUGAAAGAAGCCAGACAGAAAAGAAUAGAUAUUUAUGGUCCUUAUUUUAUGUAGUCUUUUCUUAGAAUGUCCAAAAUAGGCCACUCCUUAGAGACAAAGAAGGUGAGUGAUUGCCAGUGCCCAGGACAAGCCAUGGGGUGAGCAGUGGCAGCUGAUGGUGUGGGGCUUUCUUUGCGGAUGAUAAAAAUGUUCUGGAAUUAUUUGUGAUGGUUGCACAACUUUGUAACUGUACUAAAAGCUAGUGAAUUGUAUACUUCAAAAGAGUGAAUUUUAUGAUAGGUGAAUUGAAUCAGUAAAAAAAAUUGUACAAGGAAAAAAGACCUCAAGGACAAUGAAUAUAUUAAACUCUGACUUGUGUUCAAACCAAA